AUGUACAGACCAUGUGAUGACAAUAAAUGUGAUUGGACUGAAUACCCAAAUUUUAUGAAUUCUCCUAGAUGGUAUAAUACUAUGGUUAGUUUACCUAAUGGAGGAUUACUUAAUUUUGGUGGUUCAAAAAGAGCGACAAAAAUAAAUACGCACGAAUUAGAGAAUCUUUCUUUUGAAACUGUACCAAAAGACGAUACUCCCAUUGAUUAUGAAGUAGAAUUUCUUAUUGAAACCUUUCCGUAUAAUUUAUAUCCAACUGUCACGGUACUGCCUGGUCCUAAAGAACAAACAUGGUUAUUUUUAGCUGCAAACAACAAAGCUGAAAUAUGGGAUUAUGUUAGUAGAUCAACUGUAAAAAAAUUACCUGACAUACCCGGUGGUCCUCGUUACUAUCCAUUAACCGGUUCAACCGCUUUGCUUCCAUUGUCCUAUGAAGACAAUUAUACAUCUGCCGAAUUUAUAAUUUGCGGUGGUGGUAGUGCUGAUAUUCUGGUACCGGAUUCACCGGCCGCAAAUGAUUGUGCAAGAGUUAAUAUCACAGAUCCGAAUCCGGUUUGGAAAUUGGAACCUUUUGGUAACAUGCCAAAUGGUAGAAUAAUGGGUGACACUAUACACUUGCCUGAUGGCACUUUAAUGUUUAUAAAUGGCGCUGGUCAAGGUUAUGCAGGUUGGGAUAAGGGCCCAUUUGACAACAGACUUCACACAGCCAGUCUUCCACAAAAAGCACCCCUAAUAUACGAUCCGAAAGCCGACGAGGCUAACAGAUGGAGAGUGCUAGCCGAAGAUCCAUUAGUACGUGUUUACCACUCAGUCGCAAGUUUGUUGCCAGAUAGUACUAUUUUUGUUGCCGGAAGCAAUCCAAAUCCUAGUUAUUGUGACACUUGUGAAUACCCAACAGAGUACCGCGUGGAAAUAUUUACACCGCCGUAUUUAUUAACUGGAGCCGAUCAGGUUGAAAUUAAAUCAGUAGCUGGUACAAGUGAUUUGAAUGCCGUCCAUAUUAAAACAAGAGUUUCGUACGGUCAGGUGAUAACUGUGAUAGUUGAGACUGAUGAUGAAGAACCACAAUUUACCGCUUCAAUAGUACACAUGGGCUUCAUUACUCAUUCAACUCAUAUGUCAUCAAGAAUAAUACUAUUAAAGAUUCAACAAUUAAUACGAAUUGACGGUGGCUUUGCUGUUGAUCUUACUAUGCCACCAAAUUCAAACACAUUACCACCUGGUCGUCAUCAUUAUUUAUACGUGUUAAACAAAGGUAUACCAGCUGUCACGGCAGUUGAAAUAGAUAUUAGAGAAAAUAAUGUUUGA